AAAGCCACCCACUUAUAUUUCUUAGGUCCAAGCAAACAGAUCAUGGAUUUCGAUCUCUUUUGACAACUUUGUGGGUGAUGUGAAAAUUAAGGCGAAUUUAAAAAGUCCGUGACACGAGUCGGUUCUCUCUUUGGAAUAAGUUGUGGAACGAGACUCGGCAGAAUGAUACAGACGGUAACGCGGCAGAUCGUUGUCCUUGGGCUGUUACUGACCGUGACCUUUAGUGUGACCUUCAGCGCUCCCCUUGACCCGGAUCUAGAGUUGAUGGCCCUCGUCCCCCCUUCCAGACCCAGCGGGUUUCAAAACUUCCAGGAAAUGCAGCGCUAUUUAAUGGAGUUAAACAGAUUUUAUAACAUGAUGUCUCGGCCUAGAUACGGACGAGAUGUUCAUCAAAGAAAUAAACAGAAAUUGAAGAAAAUUAGUAAUCUGUUACAUUUGGCGGCACUCUCAGAAAUGUAGCUCGAGUUUUCCAAGUUCUAUUGGUCAUUAUUGUUAAGACAUACCUGUGUGGUGGGUUUUUUUGUAUGUGAAAUGAAUGUGCAACUUAUUCACGUUGAAGAAAAAGAAGAAGAAUAAUAAACUGCAUUCUGCGGAAA